CCACCAACACCCACACACCCCACUGCUUUGAGCAUUGUACAAGACGCCUCUGGUCGUGAGGUAGACUGGUCCCUUUGAGUUACUCUGCAUCUUUUCAUAUAUGAGCGUGCACGACUUUUUGGUUCUCUCAGUUUUUACGUAUGUCCACGCCCCCGACUUAUACACAGACCGUCACGCCGACCUCGACGACACACACCCACGACAAUGACCUCGCCACGUUCCGGGUCACCCGCUGGGGACGCGCCCCAGUCACCAACACAAUUGAGCCCCAGAUCAAAGAUCCAGGCCAUGCUUGCUGCCGUGGAUGACAGCUCAGACGAGGACCAGCAACCACACUCCCGCCCCAACAGGGCUGCCCUGUUCAAGACCGCGAUGCAGAAGAGCUCUACGCCAACAACGCGUGCGGACAACGACGACAAGAGCUCAGCAGAGAGCAGCGAGGAGGAAGAGCAGAUCAUCAGACCACGCGGCCGCAUGGCUGCACGAAUGCACGCCGGCGUGCAAUCAAAGUCUCCAGAGCAAGCCACAGAAAGCUCAACCACAGAUGCCCACGACGAAGUGAGUCAAGAGGUGCAGACUUUGCCGCGGAGGAGGAUACGAGCUGCUCGGAACCGGACGCCGGAACCGGCCGCCGCCACGGAUGCCCCAUCAUCGCCAGGCCUAUUUGUCACGCCCUCACCUCAGCGCCCAGCGGCGGCACGUUCGGACGAUGAGGACGAGCUCGACGAGCCUCAGAACCUGGCCAAGAACGACCGCUUCUUGGCCCUUGUUGCGAGGAAACGCCAAGAAAGGGAAGCCAAGGAGCGGGAGGAGGCUCAGAAACAAGAAGAACGCGCUCGUAGGAUGGCCGAGCAGUCAAAAUCCGACAAGUCAGAUGGUGAGGAGGACGACGAUGUAUCUGACAUUGACGACGAUGCUGGCGGUCUCAAGCUCACGCAGCAAGCAUCACGACCUGCACGCAAAGCCGGCAAGAAGGCUAUGGAGGAAAUGAACCGCGAGACUCAGCGAUUGGCCCGAAGUCUGCAGCUCGCGCACGAGGCCAAGACGCGCAAGAAGAUUACCAAAGCGUCUCUCUUUGAGCGUUUCAAUUUUCGCGUUCAGCCUGAAGCACCAGCCGAGGCUGCCGCUCCCGUGGAGCUCCCACCCAACACAUCCAGCAGACCGUCCUCGCCCACUUCGCCGCAACAAACUGAUGUGGAAAUGGCCGACGAAGACACACCCCCAAGCUCGCCUCCGGAUGCCAAGAAGACCACCGAGGAGCCCACUGUGGAAGUCAGCAAUCCGGCCAAGGCUCCUGCAAGCGAGGUGCCAAACGCACCGCAACAGGCUCAGAGCAAAGGCAAAGCGCCGCAACGCCAAGUCCGCGUGAAGAUGCCGCCUGUACCGGCGAACUUGGUCACGGUUGACUCCGACGACGAGCUUGAGAUUGUCAGCGCCAAGCCAAACACAAUCGACAAAAUUCUGAAGAAGCUUCCGGCGAAGAAGGAUGAGUGUUCGACAUCAAUGACUGCUCUCAUGAGACUCGCAAACCUUUCAUCACCACCCAAGGGCCCCGGCCGCGGUCGACGGGCAGUCCCAUCCAUUUCAGCUACUGAGCUCCAGACCUCCCUCGUGCAGAAGGCUCGCGAGCAGGCGAAGCUUGAACGGGACCGCCGCCUCGAAGAGCUGCGUGCGAAAGGAAUUCACAUUCAGACAGACGAGGAGCGCGAGCGGCAACGUGAGGAGAUCGAAGACAUAGUUGCCAAGGCUCGCCAGGAGGUGGAGGAGAUUAUGCAGCGUGAACGAGAAGAGUCGAAGAAGGAGCGCAAGGAGAAAAAGGCCAACGGCGAGCUCGAUCCCUUAGCUUGGGACGAUAGUGACGACGACAGCUAUGACGGCAGCGACGAUGGUGAAGUCGACGACGCCGAGGAAGUCGAGCUUUCUGGUUCCGAUGAGGAAGGUGACGAGGAUGAGAGUAUAGCAUCUGAUGAUGAGGGUGCGAAUGAAGCUGAGACUAAUGCAGGCGAGAAUGGAGCACAUGGUUCGGCAGCUCUGUUCGAGGUUCAAGCCCAGGAAGAUGCUGAGGAGGAGGACGAGAGUGUUGAUACACUUUUGCAGACCCCUGCGCCGAAAUCCCGUCGUUCUCGGAAAAAUGUCCAGAUUGUGUCGGAUGACGAAGAUGGCGAGGUCGAUGCCACUCCAAAGCCCAAAUCGGCUGUGCCAGAAUCGCCGGCGCGCCAAUCUGUCGAAUCUCCCCAGGUACCAACAUCGGUUCUGCGUUCAGCAACCAAGACUUUCAUCCCCGGACUACCAGUUGCUGCUGCUCGACCUGCAGGUCUUGGGCUGACGCAGAUGUUUGCUGGGACCAUGGACGAUACCCAAGAUGGCGGUCCUGCCAGCGGGUCGCCGCCAAUAGAAUUUCUGCCCAGUUUCGAUAACUUUCCCGAUUCGCAAUUCUCGGCCACAGCUGAGCAAGCAGAGGACGGCAACAUGGUUCUAAACAGCCAGCCGACGCAGGAAGCAACCUUGAACAGAGGCGAAACUCAAACACAAGAAGUUCAGCUCCACUUCUCGCAGUCACAGAUUCACGGAUUUGACAGCCUGAUCCCUGAAGGAUCACAGAUGUCCGAGGCCCUGGAUCUGACGCAAGACGGCGGCUACCAAGAACUCUCUCCAUUGAAGCAGCGUUUCAUCGAGCCGCCUCAGUCGACGAUUGAGACUGUGCUGGACGGUAACGCCACGGUCGACGGCGUCCCCGAAUCGCCCCUGGUAAAGAGGAGAGGCAAGCUCAUGCGACGAGUGCAGCUCAUCGCGCCCGGAUCCACCAUCCCUCCCACCGAGGCACUUCCAAGCCGCGAAGCCACACCUGCAACAUCCGCGACCGUUGGUGGUAUCAGUGCUAUUGAUGCUGCAGCUGCAGCGGAUGAGGACGCUUUCAAACGUAUGGAGAAGGCGGCAAGGAGGCAGAAGCGACUGCAAGCUCGUUUCGACAGAAGGAAGAGUAGGGCGACUGAGAUGGUGGAGGAACAGGCCGAAGAGUCUGAGGACGAGUACGCAGGACUUGGAGGUGCAGAUGGCGAGGAUUCAAGCGAAGAGGACGAGGAGCUUGCCAAGAUGAUGAUCGACGACACUGCCGGAAACGACGCCGACGAGCAGCAGUUGGCUGGUCUGCAUGCUGAACGCGCGCGUGCCGCAGAUGCGGCACAGGUCGACAAGCUGUUCCGCGACAUAACUACGGGGAUGCUACGCAAGCGUCGCCGUGGCGGUGGCAACGAUUUCGACCUAUCUGAUUCAGACGACGACGGCGAAGCACGGCGUCGGAUGAAGCGUCGCCAGUUUGCCAAGAUGCAAAAGGCACUCUUCGCUGAUGAGCGUAUUGGCAAGAUCGCCGAGAAUCCUCGCAACUCUGCCUUCAUGAAGAGUAUUGAAGAUCGUGACAGCGAGGAUGACUGGGAUUUUGACGAUAACUUUGCGGACGAGCAUGCCGAGGAAGAAAGUCAAAGUCAAGAACCCACCGGAACCGAUAGUGAUGCAGUUCCCGAUAGCCAAUCGAAGCUCGUGGCGACCAGCCAGAGCCUUAACUUGGGUCGCAAACGCUCACGGAUGGACGAUCAUUCGACGCGCACUGCGUCUGUCACUAAACGAGUAAGAGCUCGUGGAGAGGAGCGAGCUUCCUCUCUGGCUGAGGUCCAGCGCUCGCUCUCAAGUCUACUCGAGGAGCCAAACGCUUCGAUAAUCCCUGCUACAGACUUUGGGUCAGAUAGCGAGGGUGAGGAGCAAACAUCAACUGCUUCGUUGAACAAGGAGAACCGAACCCUUCAUGGCUAUACAAAAGCGAGCGUUGUGGACCGUAUCGCACUUAAGCGAGGAGGAUCAAAUGCGUCCAACAACAGCAACAGCAGUCGUUUAGCAUUCGCCUCGGCUGCCUCUGCCACCGGCGGGUUCAAGGUACCAGCUCUCCUGCGCAGGGCAACCACCAACAGUCUCAUGUCAUCAUCGUCGACCUCGACUGUUGCAGGCUCUAUAAGCGGCUCGAAUAAUGCUAGUGGCAAGCAACAGAACGGUGGCAAGGCGGCCGGCUUUGGUGAGGAGGCCAAGCUCAAGAAGAACGCGGGCAAAAAGAGCGGUGUCAACUAUUUUGCUCGGGAGACAGAGAGAAGGGCGGCGGUCGCUGAGAAGGAGAAGAAGCGCGAGGCGAAGAAAUUGAAGGGAGUGGAAGGUCGCGCCGGCGUUGUUGGGGGAUUAUUUGGCAAGGGCUCUUUUGAGUAGAGGGGAGUCGGUCAAUGGGAUUUCUGGAAUUGUCAGGCAUAUGGUUGGAGUUUUUGGCUGCACAUGGGACGAAUUCUAUCAGAAAUGGCGCACGGUGUAUUACAUUGGGUGGUGGAAUGAGGAUUCUUUCAGUACCUCUAGGCAUGAGCAUUCUCAAUGAGACAAUUGGAACGA